UUCCUAUGGGAAGGACAAGGGUUCUAUCCAGAGUUUCCAAGCACAAUUUUUGUAGGGUGUUUUCUGCAGCUGUGACCCAUGCAUACACACCCUAGCCUCCAGCACAGCAUUGACCACCCAGCUAAUCUCAUUCAGCAUUUUCCUUGGCAACAUUGAGGCAGCAUUUGAGAAGAAUUAACCUUCAACUCACCAACCUGCUCUUAGGCAUUUUCUUCAAGGAUGCUAUCCACAGAUGCCAAAUAGCUACAGAUUGUGUUAAGGAUAUGGACUCCGAAAACAUGGCGAAAGGUGGACAGAAAUCCUUAAUAGAUUUCCUGAAGGAACGACAAGUGGAGGAAGCUUUGCUCAGAGCCAUGGAGAAAGAUAAGAUUGACUGCCAUGCCUUGCUUGAAAUGGAUGAUGAAUGCUUGAAGGACUACCUCCCUGCCUUCGGUGAUAGACUCGCUGCAAGGGCAUUCUGCAGGUGUCAAACUAAAGACGAAAACCAUCGUCAAGCCUUCUGGAAAGGCUGAGAACAAGACUUUCAAGAAAAAAAAAGUCAGUUGAUGACAAUCCCCCCUCAAAAAAACGUAACAAUGCACACAAAGAUACACAAAAAUUAGAAGUAGGGUGGAUGGAUUUUGACUAUGCAACAAAGGAAUUAAAGCAAGUGAGGAGUCAAGGCGGAGGAGGGACAAGAGAAAUAAGAGCAAACAAGAGCGAAGGACUAGACAACCUUCUUGCAACUGCAAAAGGGCUAUUUUUCCCUGAUGGUAAAUCCAAAAGGGGUAAAAUUGAAGACUACGAAGUGGACAUUCAAGAUUUUAGAGGAUGUGAGAUGGGGAAUUCCACUGUAGGCGAACUGUAUGAAAAUGCGAAAUCACGUGUUUUGAGACUAUACCUGUGCACCAAAACAAAAAAUAGAGACCAACCAUCGACAGAAACCUCUUCAGACAAUCAAAGUGAAAACCAGCCAGAAGAAGAAAGUGAUUCAAGUGACUGUUAUGUUGUCCAGUUUGGGAGAAAAAGUGAUGAAGGCACACAAUCUCAGCUAGAUGAAACAUUACCAUUAAACCUUGAAUAUGUUGGAGGUUGCAUGAUAGAUGAUGAUUGUGAAUUACCACCAAUACAUUUGGGAUUCUCGGACUUUGAAGGUCAAUCUGUAAACCCACAACGAUCCACUAAUAUUAGUGCCGAAAUUCAACCUCCAAACCAAGCACAAGCCACUGACAAUGGUGCUCACACUCAACCAAGAAACCAAACACUAGCUACUGACAAUCGUGCUCAAACUCAACCAGGAAACCUACAACAAUCCACUGACAAUCGUGCUCAAGCUCAACCAGGAAACCUACAACAAGCCACUGACAAUCGUGCUCAAACUCAACCAGGAAACCUACAUCAAGCCACUGACAAUCGUGCUCAAACUCAACCAGGAAACCUACAUCAAGCUACUGAAAAUGGCGAUCACACUCAACCAAGAAGCCAACAACAAGCUGAUGCUCAAAUUCAACGUGCAAACCCUGCCAUAAGCUGCCAUAGAUUAUGAUCUUCAGUUAGAUGAUGCGGGAAUUCCUUCAGAUACAAAAGCUCUGCAAAUCCGUUUACAUCGAAGCAAUAUCCAAGCUGAAAUGAUUGCACUUUUCAAGACGCCUGAGAUCCUUAGUAUCCAGUUGAAGGUAACUUUUGUAGAGGAGUUAGGAGUGGAUGCCAGAGGAGUAUCUAGAGAAGCAUAUAGUGCAUUUUGGAACUCCUUUUUUAAUACAUCUGCAGAUGGCGAGGAUUACAGGGUGCCUUCAUUGAACCCUGAAUACGGUUUGGAGGAAUGGCUGUCCAUAGGGAGGAUUUUGUCAAAGGGAUACUCUGACCAUAACAUUUUCCCUGUGCAAUUGGCCCCAGCCUUUCUAAUAGCCGUCAUGUUUGGAGAGGAGACAGUGUCAACUGAGGACUUACUUGAAACAUUCCUCCUGUUUCUUAGUCCACUUGAAAGAGCUACAGUGAAGCAGGCUCUACAAGGAGAUGUUCUGUCAGAUGACGAGCAAGACAUAUUUGAAGACAUUCUAGACCGUGAGGGAUGUCACUCUAUCCCUAAAGGGGAAAAUGUCCGGCCCACAAUCUACCAACUGGCCCACAAAGUUAUCAUACAGAAGAGUAUGUAUGCACUGGAGGGCAUGAGAAAGGUGGUCAGAGAUGCCCUACACUCAGCUUUUCCAGAUGUUAACUCUAUCAAGAUAAUGUAUGGCUCUCUAAAACCUACUCCUAAGAAAGUCUGUGAUUUACUUGCCGCAAAUCCUCAAACAAGGGAGGAGGCCCAGUCGCUUAGAUUUUUGCAGCAAUACAUCCGAGCCCAAAACGAAGAAGGUCUAGGCACAUUGUUGAGAUUUUUGACAGCUUCGCCUGUAAUGACUGCCAUACAGAUUUCUGUACAAUUCACAAAUACCACUGGAUUAGCUCGAAGGCCAGUGGCUCACACAUGCGGACCAAUGCUUGAGCUGCCAACAAGUUAUACUUCAUAUAGAGAUUUCAGAUCAGAGUGGCAAGCGGUACUUUCAAGUGGCUACCUCGCCAUGGACAUUGCAUGA